AGAUGCAAUCUCUCCGUCUACAUGGCAACCUGGUAACGUUAAAACACAUCGAUGAGAUUAAAAAAAUGAAUGAAACGAAAGGGAGAGACUAGGAAAAAAGGUGCCAGUUAAAAGCUGAAAAACAAGUGCCAGUCGGAGGAGCUCUAAAAAGCAGGUCUGCAGGCCUGCAUGAACAGAGGUGGCAGGGAUGGCGUCCCGCAGUAGUUCCUCCACAGCAGCAGGUGGCAGUGAUUCACCACAAAAACCUACAAAGACGAAGAGAACCCGGAGGAAAACACGGAAGGCGCGCGCGGUAGGGGACAUGUCACGACAGAUGGGAGAAAGCCAUCGAAGGUUUCUUCAGACCAUGAUGGUCAGUGGUGUCAUUGAUGAGCAAGCGGCAAAGGCUCUUUAUCAGUACUGCUGUGAAACGCACCACACACAGUAUGCACCUGACAAGCUGGAAGAUUUUAUUGAUAUUAUCAACUCAAGACUGCAGCCAAUGUUCAUGCAGAUUAGGAAAGGGAUGUCUGAAGAUAACGGUCUGCAGUACUACGCCUUGGUGAACAUGGCUGAAACUGACAUCACCAGAAUGUCGUCAGAUUAUGCCGACAAUGAACUUGAGCUGUUCAGGAAAACGAUGGACCUCAUCGUGUGCUCUGAGAAUGGCAAGGCUUCCUCUACUGAUAUUCUGAACAGCACAGAUUCCAUGACCACCAGAAAGAUGAAGAAGAGCGAAACGGAGCACCUAUUGAGCCGAUUAGUGCACGACAAAUGGCUCAGUGAGAAACGGGGUGAAUACACCUUGUCCACCCGGUGUAUCAUAGAGAUGGAGCCAUAUAUUCGCACAAUGUAUCAAGACCAUGUCAAAGUGUGCCACAUCUGUCGUAACAUUGCUUUCCAGUGCCAAAUUUGUGAGAAUCCUACUUGUGGCAUAAAAAUACACAACCCAUGUGUGGCCAGAUACUUCAAAGGCAAAUCGGAGCCACGUUGUCCUUCUUGUGAUGACUUCUGGCCACAUGAAAUCCCCGAAGUGAAACGUCCUCAUUCACAGUCCAGGAGAUGAAAGCUUCAUCGUUAGUUUUUCUUAAUGGUUUGUUAAUAUAAUAUAAAUGUCUUUAUUGUUUUUGCUUUUAUACAUAAAAAAUAAAAGAUUGUUUCAA